AUGGGGGGAGAGAACCUCACCCCGGUCCCCCUUUCUGCCGCCACACCCCUGCCCCACCCACGGAAGUCCCUGCAGCGGGGUCUCUGCUGGCGGUGUAGCUGCUGGCGGGGUCUCUCUGCUGGCGGUGGUGCUGCUGGCGGGAUCUCUGCUGGCGGUGUAGCUGCUGGCGGGCUCUCUGCUAGUGGUGUAGCUGCUGGCGGGGUCUCUCUGCUGGCGGUGUAG